AUGGCUUCAAUUAUAGACUUUGUAAGGCGUAGACGUAAAGAGACACAAGCUAGAUUUGCCACAAAUGCGCGAGAAAAUUUUGUUGCCAUCAAAGACACCAACAAUAGUGCUUUUGCGCUCACUCCUCAACAAAUUGAAUGGUUUUACCCCUCAGCAAAGAAGAAAAUCAACUGGGGCUAUGGCAAAGAUCACAUGGGAGUCGCCGCCAGAGCUGACAUAAAAUUUCUCAAAGAAUUCAUUCAAAAGCGACCAAUUCCGAAAGACUACUUUGAAGAGCGAGAAAAGCAAGCCCUCAUCGCAACAGAUUCUCAUCUACGAUUCCCUCCAAGCUACUAUAUAAAACAGCGCUGGGAAGCAACUCAAAUGUACUUUAAUUCAAAUCAGACAAAGGGACGCCUCCCACAACACUACAAUCGCUACACAAUCACAGUUUUAAACGAUGUUGACUUGCCCGACCUUGUCGAAAAACUGGUGACCAAUCUCAACGGAAUGAUUCAAAUCUAUCUCGACUGUUACUGUAGCGCGCUAAGCGAGGCAACUGCAAUCGACGAAAUUACCGGCCAGGAAUCCAAAAUCGAAGUCUGCAAAAUAGUUUAUCCGAACAUGGCGGGGAAAAUCAACGAUACGACCGAAAUUACUGACCAUAUUGAUCUCGAAAAAUUGAGAAGCGAAGCCAAAUUUGAAAAUUUCACCUCUCGACUUACUCAACGAGUUUUCGAAUCUCGAGAAGCUUUCCGUCAAAGCAACGUUCGUCUCAACCGAAUCCUCUGCUACCAGAUCACUAUUAAUGCUUUUCCUCCUAGCUGGAGAUUUGCUUGA